GCCGUUUGUCCGCACGAUCACCAACAAACGUUGUCUAAGAUCUCCUCGUACUAUGUGCCCUUUGCUUUGAUACACAAGUCAGACCCUUGUUCUCGAGGAUUCGCACCACUAUUUAAGUGCCAGGCGCUCGCAUACAUGAAUCAUGUCUUAAUCUGAGCCGCAGCCUCCGAAGGUCAAGGUGCUGUCUAUUUGGAACCUCAGCACCAUGGCGAUGGAACGCACUCGGAUUGCAAAGGUUGACAAUGUGACCCUUUCAAGACGCGGCGAGCAAGUCGUUGGAACUGUACACCUCACGCCUCACCACCUCAUCUUCGUCCACACCCCGGCGGCUCCUGCUCCUCCCACCACGGAAGACACAAGUCCCCGACCUGUGAGACCAAGAGAGCUGUGGAUAACCUAUCCUAUCAUCCAACAGUGCACCUUUCGGCCCGCGCCACUGGCUUCCAGGCAACCCAGCUCUAUCCGCCUGCGAUGCCGCGAUUUCACCUUUGUAUGCUUUCUUUUCCAGGACGAAGCCAAAGAAAAGGCGCGGGAUGUAUACGACAGCAUAAGAGCUUGGACAUGCAAACUCAGUGGCAUUGAAAAGCUCUACGCCUUCAGCUAUGCUCCUACUGGGGCGGAGCGAGACGUGCGGCCGAGUGGAUGGGCAUUAUACGACCCCAUGCGCGAAUGGAGGCGGAUGGGCCUGGAAAAUCCUAGCAAAGAACGCAAAUGGAGGAUUUCGAGGAUCAACACCGACUACUCGUUCAGCCCAACAUACCCUGCCCUUCUGCCCGUGCCAGCGUCGAUAUCGGACGUGACAUUGAACUAUGCGAAGAGUUAUCGAUCACGCGCAAGAAUCCCGGUCCUCACGUACCUACAUCCGGUGAAUGACUGCUCUAUUACGAGGUGUUCGCAGCCACUAGUUGGUGUGAGAGGGAAUAGAAGUAUUCAGGAUGAGAAAUUGCUCGCUGCUAUAUUCAAUACGACGAGAGCAGAACGGCCCCUGAGCGAGUAUAACUCACCGCCACCCGAACGCGAGGACUCAGCCGGGUCAAACAUGUCGAAUGCGAGCCUUUCGAACUCCAAUACAAACGUCGACGAUCUUCAGCAGCCUGAUGCUGAAGCGUUAGAAGACGCGGUGAUAUCAAAGUUGCGCGGGGACGACGACAUGGCUUCAGAUGCCGAUGACAAGAGGCCUCUGGUGUAUGGGGCGCAGCAAAGGAACAUGAUAGUCGAUGCCCGACCGAGUAUCAAUGCGAUGGUAAACCAUGCUACAGGCAUGGGAUCAGAAGAUAUGAACAACUACAAAUUUGCCACGAAAGUGUACCUGGGCAUCGACAACAUCCACGUCAUGCGGGACAGCCUGAACAAAGUUGUGGAUGCUCUGAAGGAUUCGGACCUGACUCCCCUGGGUCCAAACCGUGAACUCCUGCAAAAGAGCGAUUGGUUGAAACAUAUUUCCAACGUUCUGGAUGGAGUUGGUCUCAUCGCUCGCCAGGUCGGAUUGCAGCAUAGUCAUGUGCUCAUCCAUUGCAGCGAUGGGUGGGAUCGUACAAGCCAGCUCUCGUCUUUGAGCCAAUUGUGUCUAGAUCCGUACUAUCGCACCAUGGAAGGUUUCAUCGUGCUGGUCGAGAAAGACUGGUUGAGUUUCGGACACAUGUUCAAGCAUCGGUCGGGCUUUCUCAGUUCGGACAAGUGGUUUCACAUUGAGAACGAGAGGAUCAGCCGUGGAAACGAGGACGUUGAUGGCAAGGAGCAGUCAGGCGCGAUGUCGGGUGCACAAAAGGCCUUUGAAAAUGCCUUCCUCAGCGCGAGGGGCUUUUUCUCGACUUCGAGGAACAAUGACUCGCGCGAAAGUCUCAACAUUGAUUCCGACAUUGACGCGGCUGGUAACGACAGCGAGAGUCAGGCCAAUCGACGGAUUGUAUCUCGUAGUGGUGGCAAGGACAAGGAGAAGCCCACUACCAAGGUGAAAGAGACGAGUCCGAUAUUCCACCAGUUCCUCGACGCCACAUAUCAGUUGUUACAUCAGUACCCGACACGCUUCGAAUUCACAGAACGAUUCUUACGGAGAUUACUAUAUCAUCUAUAUUCAUGCCAGUAUGGGACUUUUCUCGGCGACAGUGAGAAGGAGAGAAAUGACGCACGACUCGCCGAGCGUACGAGAAGUGUUUGGGAUUACUUUCUGGCAAGGAAAAAGGAGUUUAUCAAUCCCAAGUACGACCCUGUGGUGGAUGAUAAUGUACGCGGAAAGGAGAGGUUGAUGUUCCCCAGGCCAGGAGAAGCGAGGUGGUGGAAUGAACUUUUUGGGCGUACGGAUGAAGAGAUGAACAGUAAAGCCACGGCCAAGGUUGGCGACGGUGAGACCGGCGAGAUGUGGACCUCGGUCGGUGGUUCCCAAAGUCAGAGUCAAUCGGGUUCAGCGUCGGUGCCGAUAAGCCGGACUAGGACCCCAGUCUUGGUCGGUGUCGAGACCGCUGAAGCCACCGCGGAGUUGACGACACAGAAGGGUCAGGAACCGAUCAGUCGAACGAGAACUCCUGUUUCUGGAAGGGCUUCCCCAUCGCCGCAUGCGAAUCAAGGUACACAAAUACAAAUAAUCAGGACGAGGGCUCCUGUGUCGACGACGGCCACGACGACGGGGCCGGUGCGAGAUGAAGAAGGUAUUGAUGAUUUGCAGAAAGAGGGACGUGGUCUCGAGGCUGGAAAGGACACGGGUGCUGCGAUUGCCGAUGCUGGCAAUGGUGUUCGCGCUGAGACACUGGCUGAAGAUGGCGAGGACGCCAAGCCGGAAGGAGUGCACGAUGUUGUUGUUGGUGUCGAAGAGUCCGACCAUGACCCCCGUGAUCGUGGUGGUAAUGACAACAACGACGGUUUUGAUGGUCCCAUGCAGAACCUGGCCGAAGACCUGGACCCCUUGGGCAUCGGUGACGUCAAGGACAUGGCUCAACAAUCCAAACGUGCACACGCUGCCAUGGAGAGGAGAAGAGAACAAUUGGAAUUGUUGAUGAAGUGAUGGGAAGGGAAAAAUGGUGUCGUCUGGGGUCAUGUGAAGAUUUGAGCGAGGGACAAAAAAGGGUGUCGGUUGUUUAUUAGCAAGGACAUGACCAGAAGUCAGUUGUUUCAAGUAAUACAGAGUAUACGAUGGGUGGUGUAUAUAUAUAUAUAUAUAUACUCUGUGGCAUACUCUGUGGC